AUGGAAUCCCCUGCAGCUAACCCCGAGUCCCCAAUGGACCAGGAAGACAUCCCGUACCCUUGCAAGGGCUGUGGAGAAAUUCUCGAGGAAGGAAAGGCCUUUGAAUUAGCUGGCAACAGAUGGCAUAUCGAUUGCUUCCGAUGCAACACCUGCAACACCCUGCUCGACUCGGAUGCGCAUUUGCUCCUCCUAGGCGAUGGCUCGUUGAUCUGCAGCAACUGUACAUACAGCUGCAGCUCCUGCGGAAACAAAAUCGAGGACUUGGCAAUCCUGACCGGCGACCAGGCCUUUUGCGCCAACUGUUUUAAAUGCCGGAAUUGCAAGAGGAGAAUUGAAAAUCUCCGUUACGCCAGGACCUCUCAGGGUAUUUUUUGUAUGGACUGUCACGAGUCGCUGAUGCAGCGGCGGCGCAAGAAGAAGACCGCUGCGAAGAAACUCAACUUUGACAAGUCUUUGCCUUCCCUGCCGCCCAACUUUGAAGAGGAUGGCAAUUCUGCGGAGGUUGAGACUCCGCCAUUAAGGGAGUAUUCUGCCUCCCCGGAUGUUUCCCACAGCCGUUCUGCAGAGCAACGGGUUUCGAUUUACAGUCGCGUGGAUGCGGCUUCACCUGCUCCACAGCCGGAGCAGCCGCAGAAUCAAGACAAUCUCAUUCUCCCAUCGAGCGCCUAUCGUCCCUCUUCCCACAAUCGCCACUCUACUAUAUCUACUACUAGGUCCGAGGUUGACGCUGGCGAUGAAUUCUUGAUCCCGGUCGCCUUUGACCCUACUCCCGAUGAGCGCCCAUCGCCCCAUGUAAACGUUCCGGAGGAAACAUAUGUGCCGCCCCGAGAUUACUUUGGCGACGUGAAGCCCUCCGAGGAGUCUCGCCAGGUGUCGAGCGAGCGCUCGGGGACGCCGCAGCAAUCGGCUGUCCACAUUGCCUUCCAGGAGAAGGGUCGUCAGCCGGUGUCAUCGGACUCGAGUCAAUGGCGGCAAGACCCUCCUCCUAAAACGGCCCAUGUCAAGAGCGAGAGCAAGGACAACUUCAAAUUGCAGGAGGCUCCCAAGGGCAGAAAAUCGAGUUCGACGGACAGCUUCAAGUCCGACGUCAAUGCGACCAAAGAGAGUACGUCUCUGUCAUCCACAAGCUCGCCCAGCGCUGUCGUUGCAAGUCCGCCAGAGCCAUCAAAGGUCCCCCAUAUCGCGUCUCAGAAACUCACACCCAUGCCAACUUCAACCUCGACACCACCAGAGCGCACAUCUCAUGAAUUUCGCGAACCGCCUCAGAAUGGACCUACCGAUCCGAGCAGACCUGUUGCCGCAGGCACAAUCCCAUUUCCUCCGAAACGAGGUGACUCGUUGGAACACUACGUUACAAGUCAAAUCCAGCGCAAGGGUGUUGGGUCUGCCCCGAAAGCUGCUGUUCAGAAUGAGAAAAUGGCGAAUGGAGAGGUGCCGGGUCCAGAGAAGAACGAGGAGUCACAGGCCCCAGCUGAGAUGCUGCCCCCUUUGAGUCACCCGCCAGACCGCCCCUCUGCCCAGCCUAAUAAAGAUGAGCUUACGGAUAUGACAAAGACUUUCGCGCCAGACGAACGUCGCAUUCGCAAUGAUUCCGUUGCAACUUUCCAGUCAGAGAUAUCGCGAGCGGACCUUACUGGCCCCGCCUUGCUACGCUAUAGUGGUGGUGGUGCCGAUUUUUCCAUGGACGAAGAUUUACUUAGAAUUCUAGGGUCUGAAGCUCUUAACCAGCAGGAGCCUUCCGAGUCAUUCAUGAAGCGGGUUUCAAACUCGGUGCGUCAUGGACGCAGCUUUAGUGAUAAAGGCUCGCGGCUGUCUAGAGACUCCAAGUGGCCGAAAUCACCAGCCAACGGGGGAGCAUUCCCCCCAGAAAGCCCCGGUGCAAGCUCUCCUGAGCAACGUGAGGACGUUAGCGCGCUGAAGAGCGAGCUGCGUAGAGAACGCCAACGAAUGAUUGAAAAGGACCAAAGGAUUGCCGAGCUUGAAAAAGCAUUGAAUGCCCACGCUGAUGUCAAACAAGCUGAUAGCGAACUGCGAGAGAAACGUUCAACAAUGGUGGACUUGGAUACUAGGAAAGAGGUGGUGCUGCGCGAACUGGCGUCCAUUACUGAACACCUAGAAAAGGAAAAACAUGGCGGUGCACCAAUGGAUCUGGCAAAAUUGACAAACAAUGUUGUGCGCAGUUUUGCUGAAAAACUCCAGGGCCUCAAGGAUUCCUUUGCCCCUCAGAUUGAAGGGUUUAUGCAACAACGGGCAACGCUUGCUACUGAGAUAGCAAACCUGUCCCGAAUGAAAGAAAAGAGCUUUCAGGAAUUCGAGCAACUCUCAUCCAAAAACGCCCAGCUGGCGGAACUCAACAACCAGCUCGUCCACCAGAUACAGGGAAUCUACAACGCCAAUUCAGCAGUGGAUUCAUCCCGUUCUACGAAUGGACUUGGUAUUUACUCGCAUAACAAAGACAAGUCAACUAGCUCGAUUGAUGCUAAUAGACAUGGCGACCUUGCCACUUCUGUGUCCACUAUGACCAUCCAUGAUGAAGCUGAGCCAGCCACUAUUGUACCUGGGCCUCAAGUUGUGAGCAUUCGUAAAGGCCAGCCGCGCAAGUUCAACUGGAAAAGGGGUGGCCAGACCGUUGCUAAGGGAGUUACAAAGGGUCUCAAAGGUGCAUUCUCUAGCGAAAAAGAAUUCGGACCAGAUGGAACUGUACAACAUGUCGAUGGGACUGUCCAGAUGCCGCGCUCGCAGACGCAAGAGCCAAGAUUUGGCUUUUUCGGAAACCAGAAACGACAGGCUGCAUGGAAGACUAAUCAGAAUGGAAGCUCCCAGGGUCUGUCUGAUGCCGCUGCUGGCCAGAGCGAAACUCUCUUUGGUAUCGAGUUGGAACAACGCUUGGAACAGGAAAAGAGCAUCAUUCCUGCUGUGGUCACACGUUGCAUUCAGGAGGUUGAACUUCGAGGCAUGGAUGAAGAAGGCAUCUACCGUAAAUCCGGUGCUGCAUCUGUCACCCAGAUUAUCAGAGAAGGAUUCGAGGGUGCAAACGACUACGAUAUCUCUGACCCCGAUCUUGACAUUCAUGCAGUGACAUCGGCUCUUAAGCAGUACUUCCGCAAACUGCCCACGCCGCUGAUCACUUGGGACUCGUACGAUCAAGUGCUUGAAACGAACGAGGUCACGCCGCAGCCUAGCCGGAUCGAGGCGGUGCGCGCCGCUCUCGACACGCUUCCUCGUGUGCAUCGUGACGUGCUAGAAUUUCUUGUUUUCCACCUCAAGCGUGUCGUGGAACAUGAGAAGCAGAACCUGAUGACCAGCCAGAACGUGGCGGUUGUCUUUGCCCCUACUAUCAUGUGGCCUCAAGACAUUGCUCGUGAGAUGACCGACGUGCAAAGGAAGAACGAAGCACUGAGAUUCAUUGUGGAGAACUGUCAGGAAAUCUUCAUGUAA